AUGGGGAUUGUACAAUCUUUAAUCAUGGCUUUGACUUUUUGUGUGGAAAGAAUCUUGACAUGGAUUUGCUGCGCUUUCGUCCUAAUAGCCCUAAUAUUCGCACUACUCAUGCUGAUGGUGUACGGCAUCUCGGUAGGCUAUCACUACGCACAGAAAGAACUAACUGAUUUUGCCUACUUCACGAGAGCCGAACCAGGGGAGCAAUACCAUUUGCGAACCGGACGGAAAGAUAUCGAAAACAUGCCCGAAUCCGCCAACAUAACUAACGAAGAAGACGGUAACUCAUACGAGCCACGACCAGUAUAUGAAGCUUACCAGAAUCAAAAUCGUGAAAAGCAAGUUUACAGGCAACCACAAGAAACGCCAAUCGUCCUCAUAGCAACUGAAAGGUCUCGGAAAGACCAUGAAUCAGCACCUCAUGAGCGUGCUUUGGCACGCAAAGUCAUAGGUCGCUUCCGUCGCUCCCGCAAUAAUAUACGGAGACCGACACGACAUUUUCCUAAGGCAUUGAAGUAUUCAAACAGCACCAUCUCACGUGGCAGAACAAUGGCAUUUAGAUGA